AUGGCAGGCAAAAAGGCCAGUACAGCGGCCCGCGGCCCGACAGCCAUGCACAAGUAUCGUGGCACUGGUUUCGAGGAAUUCUAUGCCGACCCUCCCAUGACACCUGCUGAAGCCCAGGACGAGCGCGAGAACAUCUACAGCCCAGACCUCACCUUCGCCGAUCGCAUUCAAUCAUGUAUCCAGCGUUACCGCUCUCGCCGCCGCUUAGGUGCCUCUGACCAGAUCUUCAAUAAGUACCUUUUCCUCGGCGGCAUCGACACCACCCCGCGCAUGUUUGGCGGCAACACGGACGCCGAUCUGAAGGAUAUGACGCCGGCAGAGAAGCGAGACGCCACGGCAAUCGACAUGGUCUACAGCUCCGGUGGCGGCGCUCGCUUUUAUAAUGAUGAUGACCCUGACGGAUGGGACGUGGACUUUGCCGGUGUAGUCGCCGGCUUCUGCUCCGAGAGCCUCCCUAACACGACGGCCUGGGAUUAUGCGCAGAUGGGUCAAGCCGUUGGCCUACUAGAGAACUUUCUCACCUACGUUCUCCAGCACGACGUGUGCCCAGAGUACGAGACAAAUGUCAAGGAGGCUCUGGAUAUCUGCCAAAAGGCCAAGGUCGACUUACCACUGGCCCAUCAAGCUUUCCUCCAUUUUCCUGGACAAUUCAACCUGGCACUAUCGGAAAUGUUUUGCAAAGACUUUUACUUUUUCGGAGAGGGUGACGAGUUCCAACGCCCAAAGGAGUUCUCCCCUGAGGUGGUAUUCAAGAUUGCGAUGGCGAUGACUGCAACUCGGGAACAGUAUGAUGCCGUUAUUGGUGGCUUGAAAGACAGCACCGUUAAGGUCGUUAGCGAGGAGGAGUGCAGCGUUGAGAUCGUCGCCAUUCACCGGCCGACCGCCGAGUCACGCAAGCUCGCCCGCAGCAUCCGCCUAGAUAUGGGGCACCACUUCGAACCUGUUGGAACUAUGGUCACGAAGCCGUGCCUUAUCGAAGAUGGCUACGACUACGGUGAGGACAUGAUCUUGUCUGAUGAGGAGCGGGAUACCUUCUUCCUGGAUGAUUCAAUCUUGCAGAGGCUCAAACCAGGCUUUAAACUGCAACUCUGCGUCUGCGAGCUGAAUAUUGGCAUCAAGUUCAUCAAGCAGGCUCGUCAGGUCCUCGUAGAAUGGUACACCUUCCUGCCGCAGAACCUUAUGCGGCACUACAAGGAGCCCGUGCCCAAUGAGCGCCCUGCCCCGUCGGCCAUCAAGCCAGAAGAAGAAGCUGGGAAAUCAAGGCCGAUGUUUGUUUGA